GGAGGGGACCAGUCUACCGGACAGCAGCAGCUUUUACUAUUUGAGAAUAUUAAAAAAUCGCUUUCUUUCAGUUAUCGUAUUUAUAUAAAUUGUGAAAGCCAUUUUGAGAUUUUUUUUACAUUUAGAGAUUUAUUUUUAAAUGUCAUACCCUUUUUUAACACUAGAUGGCGCACCUUCCCCGGACCAUCUCGCAAAGGAGGCGUUAAACCUUUACAACUGUGAGUCUUUCAUACAUAAUGUACAUCAUGAAGGAGUGACAGUCACAUACAUCUCAAACCUUAAAGAAAUGUAUGAUUCAUGGUUUAAAGUUUCGAGAUAUAAAGAAUUAUAAAGAAUCGUGUUUUCCACCAUGCAUGCCUGUCAGAUCCACAUAACGCUAAGUAGCUUGCCGUAUCUUGACCUCGGGAAAUCCUGCAAGGAAGAUUUAUGAGACGAGGAUAUCCUUUGUAAACACCUGUAUAAUAAAUAUAAUUUUCAAACUCUAUCUCACCCCCUCAGUAUUUGUCAAUGGCAACUCAUAUUGCAGAUGUUAUCUGAUUGACAAGAUACCAGUUUUAUAGAACCUAUUUAUUUCAUUUAUUUGCUACUUUACCAAUGUAAGUAAUGCCAUGCUGGCCAAGCCAUAAAACAUUUCGCCUUCCUGCUCAUUGUUCCCCAAACACCAUUUCCUUUGGGGAAAUUCUCAACCUUGGGAUUGGGAGCUGGAUGAGGAGGAUAAUGACUGGAAACCGUGGUGGGGGCAGGGAAUGUUGUUGCAAUCUGCGAUAAAUGGGCCCUUUGACUUGCCUGAUUGGGUUGGUCCAUUUCACUUGUGCUCAUUCAUUGGCCGACCACAGCAUCAAUCCGGGUGCUCUGGAAGCCAGCACAAGUUUGAAACUUUUUUUGCUAAAAGGAAUCGAAUUACAAACUCCAGUAACCGAUCGCACAGCAGAGGGGAGAAUCACUCUUUUAAUAAUUUACACUCUCUCACACACGCACUCACGCACAUACAUACAAGUACCUGAUAACAGAACGCAGUGAGGAAUUUGAAAGGAAACAUUUUCGUCGGCCAAACCGGAGACCCGUCAACAUGUUGUGAGCAGAAGAAGCGGUGCGCUGUGCGUUGCCAUGAUGGAGACUUGAGGUUUUGGUUUGAUUAACUUGUCAACUUGUAGCGGUUUGUCGUCUGUCCCCUAUCCGACUCACAUCCGGUCCCACUCGAAUCAAAGGAUGGACUCGUUCAGCACCAAGAGCCUGGCGCUGCAGGCACAGAAGAAGCUGAUGAGCAAGAUGGCCACCAAGAGCGUGGCCAACCUGUUCAUCGACGACACCAGCAGCGAGGUGCUGGACGAGCUGUACCGCGUCACCAAGGAGUACACGCGCAACCGCAAGGAGGCGCAGAAGGUCAUCAAGAACCUCAUCAAGAUGGUGGUGAAGCUGGGCGUGCUGUACCGCAACAACCAGUUCAACGGCGAGGAGCUGAUGCUGGUCGAGAGCUUCAGGAAGAAGGUGCACACGCUCGCCAUGACGACGGUCAGCUUCCACCAGGUGGAGUUCACCUUCGACCGGCGCGUCAUGGGCGCCAUCCUGAACGAGUGCCGCGACCUGCUGCACCGCGCCAUCCAGCGGCACCUCACCGCCAAGAGCCACGGCCGCGUCAACCACGUCUUCAACCACUUCGCCGACGGCGAGUUCCUGGCGGCGCUCUACGGGCCGUCGGAGGUGUACCGCGCGCACCUGCAGCGCAUCUGCGACGGCGUCAACAAGAUGCUGGACGAGGGUAACCUUUGACCUGCGAGGCCCGACGCAGACCCCCGUUGACCCGUUGACCUGUCCUGGGUGGCCAUCACCACCCCCCCCCCCCCCCCACCACCAAGCUCCAGCAUGGCACUACGGACGGGGCUACUCGUGUAUUUUUUUCUUUACUGUUAAACAAAGUGGACCCGUUUUGAAUGUUGUUUUUCCAUCUGUUUAUGUUUGUGUGUGUAUAUACUUAUUGAUCAUUAACUGUAAAGACACAAACCCCACAAGCAAUACCUGGCUAUUCCGUCCAAAUAUGUUGAUAUAUAUAUACAUACAUAUAUUUGUAUUUUUCUAUUUACAUCAAACAAAAAAGGGGAUUUUUAAAAGUGAAUGUAGAACCGUGUGGCCUUAUUAGCACUCCGACGGAGCCUCGACUGUUGUUUUUUUGUUUUUUUCACCAUUCAUCUUCCAAGGGCUCUCGUCCGCCUCUCUCACCUAAUCAAAAGUGACGUACGGCCACCUUCGGGUCCCGAGUCGUCAUAUUUCUUUAGAGGAGGUGCCUCUAAUGGAUGCAAGUGAUUCAGGAAGUGCUCAGCAGAGUUAAGACUGACUGAGGGGGUGGGGGGGGGGGGGGGGACACAAGGACAUAAAGAAGGGAUUUCGUUGCUAAAAGCAGCAAUGCACUUAAAAACUCAAACGAGCGCUGUACUUUCUGGCUAUAAUGAAACCAUGUUAAGCACAGCGGUUUCCCAUAAUCCUCCUUAGCCUCGCGCCUGGGAAAACCUCGCUGUCGUGCACUGAAUGGCGUUCCCAAAAAACCUAGAGAGACCAUUGAGGUUUCGUCUUUUGUUGGCGUUUUUCUUUUUCAUCGUCGUCGUCUAUAUAUAUAUAUAAAUGUUCUUCAUUUGGUCGACUUCCAACCUUUUUGUGUAGUUUUGAAUGAUCCUGGCUUAAAGUCACGCAACGGCCACAACGUCCGGGUAUUUGGGUCACGGGGGGGGGGGGACCGUCAAAAAUCAUGCAUAGUGGAGGAGGAGGAUGUCGGGAGGAAUGUGCUGUGUGCACCAACUUCUCUCUCUCUCUCUCUCUCUGUGCGCUGACUCCAUGCUCCUCGCCGGCUGUAACCUCAUUCUGGAAACCUCAACGUGCAGGCGCCGCGUGGCUAUUAAUGUCUACAUCGGGGGGGGGGCACAUGGGACCCCCCCCCACCACCAACCCCACCCCUCCACCACCACCACCACACGCUACUGAGGUGGCGGCAGGUGCAGCCGCACAGUGUAUGAGGCACCCAUGCAUGUCGUCAUGCGUGUGUGAGGAAGGGCAUGUUGGGUUAGUGCUUAGCUCCGCCAAGUUUGGAGACCGGACCGGUGCGUUGUUUUGGGGAUGGCUCGGUCCAGAUUGAGGCCAACGUGAAGGGAUUCAUCCCGCAUGCAAUGGGAUAAGCGAUAGGUGGAGGAGGAGGGGGGGUGGGGGGGGGGUUUAGAUGCCGUCCCCCCUUUGUGGGGCGGCAUUGUGGCGGUGUGGGGCUGCAGGUGUGGUCCACGAUGCAAUGAAGCAGGGACGGUCGCACGGCCCGACUGUGUUCUCUCUCGCCUGAUGCAAUUAUCCCCCGCCCCCACACCCGGUAAUGGCUUCAGCCUGUCUGCACCAAGAGGCCCGGCCACUCCAUUCCACUCUGCCUGGGCCCGUGUGAUGUGAUGGAGAUAACCAUCGCUGGUGCCUCUCUGUGUGUGUGUGUGUGUGUGUGUGUGUGUGUGUGUGUGUGUGUGUGUGUGUGAUGCAAGUCCUUUUAUGGAUUGAAGCAUGGCAUGUUGUUUUUGUUGUUUUCUUGUAGUUCUUUUUCCCCAAGAUGUACGAGUGUUGUGACUACUCAAAUAAUAGGCCUUGUUUUUCUUUUCUUUGGUAUCACAGAGCCUGUCUGGGAAUUUGUUUUGUGCCACGGCCUCAUUUGGUAUUCUGUGUGUGUGUGUGUGUGUGUGUGUGUGUGUUGCACUCACAGGCCUGUGUGUGUGUGUGUGUGCACAAUGCACACAGCUGCAAGAGCUUUGAAAUGGAGGCUACUUAUUAGCAUGGUUCUAUCCAACGCAGAAUAAGCUUAAAAAAAGGUUUGAUUCUUAUUUUAUUCACAGCAACUUCACCAAAGACCAUAUUGACUGACGUGAGACUCCAAUAUAUAUAUAUAUAUAUAUAUAUAUAUAUAUAUAUAUAUAUAUAUAUUAUUAUUUUUUUAUGGAAUCUUUGCAUUAAACAAAACUUGUAUGAACUCGGCCGUAACACCCGAAGCGAUGACGGCCUUUGAUUUUUUUUUUUUAAUGUACACUUUUAAUUCUUGCAAAAGCGAUGCUCUUCUUCCUCUGUGUGACUCCAGCGCUUUCCAUGCACCCUCCGCACAGUGUGUGCGCCAGGAUUUGGACCAAAUGAUUGCGUUCGGCACGCCGAGCCUGUUUACUUUUAAAUGACUUUUCUCCCCGACGUUUAUUCUCUCCAAUCCGUUCACAUCUCAGGGUGAGGUUAAAAUCCUGUCUGAUGAAAUCCCUGACACACUUAGCAGUUCGGUAGAACCGCCAGCCACGGAGAGAUUAGAGACUCCACUCAUCCCGACGUCCACAAGCGGAGAACACAUUUCAUACAGCAUUUUGUCACACGGAUUGUGAAAUAUGUAUUUUUUAAUUAAAACGAUGUAUAUAC